GCGAGAAUUGACGUCGCUAUUGCCCAGUAACAGCGCUCCCAUGGCGAGGCCGAGGAGGCGGGCGGUGCGCUUCAGCGCCGGACGGGAGGAGAUGGCGGUGCGGAGACAGCUGCGACGGUUCUUCGAAGAGCCGCAGAUUCGCGGCACGAUCGUGGUGGAGCGGCCGCUCUCCUCUGAGCCUCCUCCGGCUCCUGCUCCUGCUCCGGCUUCAGAGGUGCCGCAGUGCUACGAGCUGCGAGCGGAGGACUGCGCCGUGUUCCAGUGCCGCGGGUGCUGGGCGGUGCUGGGCGACUCGCUGCAUCUGUGCGCGCUGGAGGAGCAGCGCCUCGGCCUCGUCGUCUGCCUCAGAGUCACCAGCAACGUGCUGUGCGAGGAGGAGCUGAUGGUCGGCCUGGAGGGAGCCCUGACGGGAUGUGCUUACAACACGUUGUCUUGUCAGUCGUGUGGUACAGUUGUGGGCUUUGUUCUCUAUUCUGCCUUCAGAGACCUGACCCAUCUCCGAGGCUUCUUCUGUUUCUUCAAGAAAAGCAUCUUCUGUUAUCUCUUAAAAAGCAAAAUGAUAAUAGAAGCUUCUAAGGUGAAAUUUCCUGCUGUGACCCUAAAGGACCAAAUAGAGAAACUGAAAGAAAGCCUUGUGAUGACACACAUGCGCAUCGAAUUGCUGAUGAAAAAGGUGGAGCAACUGAAACAAAAUAAUGUGGCAGAAAACAAAGCUCUGCAUCACAUGGAAUUGUCCUAAUGCCAGGAUAUGCAGUAGUCGAUACCAAGAAAUACUAUGCCAUUUUGAGGAACUACUGGAGUUGUUUCUGCAGCUCUGCUAAGUUUCAUCAUCUAGCAUGAACGAUUUACUCGUGCAGCAUAUAAUUCUCUAAGACUGAACUUUGGUUGUGAUUCUCCAUAAUGACUUCAAAGAGGUAGAACACUUUUUGCAACAAUAAAAUCAGGGCUAUAGAACCAUACCAGACACACUAUCAUAACAGUAAUUGAGAGGAAGCGUUGUAAUUUAAAGGUUCUUAAGGAGUUCUAAAGUUUUGUUCUAUCUUUUCAUAUAUAUAGAAUAUUCAUGGCAGCUAGCUGUCAGGUGAUUCAUUAGCUACAUCUGGUAUGUGAGACUUCUGAAUAGCCUCCCAAUGAAUUCUUUGAAAGAAUCUGCUUGUAUUUUUUGUGGCCUGCAAAAGGAACAAGUUAGCAUUUCCCAGAAGCUGCACAGCUGCGCUUGGUGACUCUGUAUGGUGCAAAGCUAACUGAAGUGUGAGGUUACAGAUUUCAAAUCAAGGUACAAUGCUUGUUUCUGCCAAAGACAUCUGGAAAUGCAGUCACAUGGCUGCAAGGAUCAAGUUCUGUGUGCUCCAUGAAUCUUACGCUGUGAGCAGCUGCCUUCAAUAAAUUUGAGUCUUUUAUUAAGACUUCUGGAUGGUCUCAGUCUGUUCUGAUCAAGUAAUAACAUAGCCUUGUUAAGAGCUGUUCUGCUGGGAAGGAAGCAGAUCUCUAUUAAAUUCCUCAACUGUGAGCUAUAGAAAUGGUUAUUAUCCAUGUUUUACAACUUCUUUAAGUGCACAAAUGCAGUACUUUUCAAUGACAGCUAAAUUUGGGCUAUUGAAACACCUGAAGGCAGUGUUACUCACUCUUAAAAUCUGCUUCACCGCCUAUAACGAUAAAUGUUUCUUUCAGUGUAUGCUCUAGCCUGAACCCUUAACUGGAGAGCUGUUCUCAACAGCUGUCACUUUAUACUCAUGUAAAGUCUGGAGUUAUAUUUGACUGCUUCAUUAUUAAAAACAAAUAAUUUUUUUAAAGACUUCUUUACCUAAAUUACAUUUAAAGAACUGCUGCUCUUUGACUGGAGUUCUGUCACUAAACACACCUUGUGCAAACACCCUUCCCAUCUCAGGUGUUUUCCAUUAUGUAACUUCACCUUUGCAUUACUUCUAAGUGGCAGUUAUUUGUUGUUGCAUCAGUCUCAGAAACAUGAUUGAUAAUGGCACUACUCACUUCUGCCCUUCUGUUUGCUUUUUUUUUGCGUUGACUUUUUUCUUGUCAUAAAGCUUUACAUUUGUACUCUGUAUAAUAUAAAUAGUAUUAAGUUCUCUUGCUUCAUUUAGCUAAGAAUCCACCCCUAAGAAAAAAAAUACAGCUGUUGGUUACAUUUUUAUAUAUUAUCUUUACAAUGUGUUUUUUUAAAUAAAAAUGAUGGGAUUCACAAAUAGGUAUUAUACAGACCUCGUUAGUAUCAUGUGAGUUGUAAGCUCACUUUUAAACUGCAUUUGGCUUAUCUUUUGAACUGGAAAGACUUCGGCUCUACUGAGUCAUCGUGUGGUACUUUGUGCCUACUUGUCAAAAGAUGUUUUUUCCUGGCACUGACUACUGCCCAACUGACCUGCUGGCACUCACAGCAGUACAGUUUAAGUAAAACCUGUUUUGAAAAGCAAACCACCUUAAUUUAAACAAAUAAAAUGCAACUGUAUUGUCAGCAGUCUGCAGCAAACAUUUACUAAGACAGUAAUUUAAACCUAAAGCUCCAGUUUAAGUGAUGUUUGAACUUUUCUUCCUGAAAGAUUCAGCUUUCAAUUUCACCCUGUCCCAGGCUCAAAUUCUGCUGGAAUCUACAGUUAGUGAAUGAAUAUACUGUUUUAUAGCGUGCAACCAAAUCUCUAGCUAGGUAUCUUGAGAUGUGUAGCCAGGGCCAGGCUGGCUCAGGAUAGAUGAAUUCUCUAUUUAAACAAAUAUUUGCUUGAAAAGCAAGUCUCAUGGUCAGGCCACAGCUGUCUUUAUUCCUAAAUGAGCUAACUAACUGUUAUCUUCUCUGGAGCCUAUAAAGAAAAGCAAGCAGAAAAUGAAAAAAAUUAAGGUGAAGUGAGUUACUGAAGCAACAAUCAAACAAUUAGUGUUUUAUAAGCUAACAUAAGAGUUAGCAAUCUCUGAGAAGUUUUGGAAAGUUUACAGCAGUGUUAGUAGCCAUGGCUUCUUCAACACAGUCUGGAGGUGGUGUCUUACUGCUGUCUUAUAGAGCUUCCCAAAAUUGCCUCUAGCAGCAGUUGCAAGGAAAGUUGUGCCUACCUACAGGUUGUGAAAUAUUGACUGAAGGAAUUGUUGAAAAGUUUCAGUCACCAAAAUAAACACUCCACAUGCAUGAGAAACAGUUUCCAGAGAAUUAGUCCUUGUAGCAAGCCACUUUACAAGCAUCAGAAGCUCUCUGCUACUGUCUAAAACAACCUUUGAAGCUUUUAUUGAUAACUUGCCCAUCUUAUAUUAAAUUGCAAUAGAGUGACAAUUAUUCUUCGGUUGCAUUCCAGGAAGCUGGAGAGCCUCUUGUGACAGAAAUCUGCUGAAACAGCUGGAUCCAAAGCAGCCAUACAGCAAAUGGGUGUUUAUCUCAAAUUGUUAAGCACUGACAAAGGUACAGCAAUGUUUCAGAAGUGCAAGAAGCACCUGACUGAAGAUGCAGUGUAUUGCAACUUGGUUAAUCUGUCUUUUGAACAAAUGACACAUCAAGUCUUCGUGCAUUCUCAGCCUGUGCUGCUUUAUUGCUAAAAAAAUUUGUAUACAGGUGCAGAGUUUCCAAGUUCAUUUUUAAACAGUUCCUCUUUACAGCGACAAAAGAAUAAAAUCUUAUCUUGAAAUCCUCAAAGAUGCAUAGAUAUAAAAGCAAGCUGCCUUUUGGAAAAAACAUCAGAAUUUGCAGGGAAACAUUCUUUUACUGUUACCAUGUAAAACACGUGCAAUGCAAGUACAUAGAUCCUAGUGAUACCAGUAAUUCUCUCCACUAACCUGCGUGAGUAAUGCCAUCAGAAGUUCAGUAUAAGAAGUCUUCUCUAACCUGGUUUGUAAGUAUUAAGCUUAUUUUUAACAAUCUGUAAACACCUCUCCUUUGCUGUUAGAUCACAUUUCUCAAAAGGAAGAUGUCUUUACUGAAGUCCUACAGUAGCUUACUCCCCAGGUUUUAUAUUGGAGAGGAUAAGCAUGAACAAUGGAUUCAAGUGUUUGCUCAUUACACAAAAGAAAACAUACAUAACAGUGUUUAAAACCAAAUGAAAUGUUCAAAAAAAAAACAAAACAAAACAAAAAAACAAAAAAAAAGCAAAACAAAAACCCAACUCAGCAUUAGGUGGCCACAAUUAACUGCUGGGCUAAACUUGUUUCACCAAUUCCAUUUUUUCUUGAAGAAGUCGGCUCAAAGGAUUUCAUUUCAUCUAACUUUGUACAGUAAAAUGGUUAAAUCUUCUCUUAUAAUAUUCCUAUAUUUAUUUGGCAAUUCUUGUAUAUCUAGAAAGCAUUUGUGAGAAAAACAUGGCCCCAUUGUAAACCCAAAUCAGGGUCCUUUAUGGAUGGUUGGCUACAAAGUAUGAACAGGAGUUAACUUGACACAAUUCCUUCCUCCAAGACACCACCUCUUUCUGCUUACGAAAGAGGACCCAGCCUCUGUGCAUGGAGAAGUUUCCUGCACAAGUUAAGCCCACCUGCAAAAUUAAGCUAAGCUAGAAGUAUGGAAUUCUGCAGUAACACGCCAGUAUUCUACUUGAAAAUAGCAAAAGCGUCGGUGACAUCCGCUGUGCUGUGUUAUUUUCAAACCACCAGCAGAAAUCCACUGCAUUAUUCACUAAAGGACUUGGGAGAUAUUACUGAAAGCAGAAUAAAAGUUUACAGAAAGAUGGCACCCAAGUUCCCUUUUACUUAAUAAGUGAAAUAAAGAAAAAAUAUUAUAUUGCAACCCGUGUUGCAGAAGAUAAAGACCUUCAGUGAUCAAAUCUCAUUUUCUGUUUUUAAAAAUCUCCUUUUCAAAGAACUUAAAAAAUAUACAAGAUUACCAGUAUUUUCAGGUUCGUUCCUGCAGAUGCCAUUAUUGCUGGCUGGUACCAGUAUGCUUCAGUACAGCUGCCUAUGUGGCUAGAGAGUUACCUGAAAAUACUGUCUAUUAAAAAGCUAUUCAACACCUGAAAUAUAUGUACUGUGCUUAUUAAUUUCAGUCUUCUCCAAAUAAGUUCUCUCACCACAGACAAGCUUAUUACCUACUGUCUGGCAAACACUACACUCAUUUUGAGUCUGUUGUUUCUGUUACUGUUUUUUCUUUUUUUCCACCAGUUGCUCCCCCUGCACCAUGUAAGAAACUCUGCACCCUUUUCUUUGCUACAGCUGCAGCAGGUGAGAAACCUCAUCUCGCCCCUAAACAUGCUUAGUUCAUGCCCUGCUUUUUACAUGCUCAGGGCACUAAUAUGAACCAGACAAGAGGUUAUGAAGGCGAGUUCUGCUGAUCCUGGUUCCUGAUUUACAGUUUUGGUGCCAUGCUUCUGACCCUAUCUAUACAUUCUGCCCCCUUCUCUACAGAGGCAGCACAUUCUCUAAGAACAAAAACAAAACAAUCCCAAAAUUUGAGAAUCAAAGCAGGAAGUUCAAGCUAUUGGUAUAUAAUUUCCUAUUGCUUCAUUAUGUAUAAAUGCAUAUCUCAAUUUACUGGUAAUAACUACAUUACACUAGACAUUGUGAAUCAUGCAUAAUUAGAAUACUAGCUCUAAGAUUUGGUUUGUGGGCCUGUGCCAUUUUCCUUCAGUUUCUCCAUGCAGUUCUUCGUGCCUAAGGCAUCACAAACCGGACACCUUUUAUUUGACCUGCAAACAUGCUCACUUGGAGGGGAAGAGGAGAGAAGUAGACAAGACUUACACGGGACACGCUAAACAGUAAGCUACCUUUUAUCUUUAACCUCACAUGUUGUAAAGCCUAGGGAAAUCUGUCUACAUUACAACCUGGUACGUAGGCUCAGAGACAGAAACACACUCCUUGCUUAUGUCAAGUACACCUACACUUUCUCAAAACUCAGGAGAAAGUGCAGAGCAGAAUGAAAGGGAACAAAUUAUGGUAGUGUUCUGCACUGUUAAAUGAGACACCCUGGUUAGACUGCUGGCUUUUGUGUGCCAAUCAAAGUGCUACAGGGGCAAUAUGCUGGAUUGUUCACUAAAAGAAAAGCAAUGGAAUCUAACUUGAACUGCCAUUAUGCAGCUCUGUACCCAAACAGCAAGCUGGAUGAAGCUCUGAAGGAAGCCCAGACUCCUUACUAAAGAAGCCACUAUUUCUAAGACUGGUUAUCCAUCAAAAAACAUUCUCUUCCACACUUUUCCAUUUUCUGCUCAAAAACAUACUGCCAGCUUUUGUUAACAUAACCCUUGUAUAACAUGUUAGUGCCCUAAAGCACACUACAGUUUGUUCUCACUCACCAUCAAGUAGCCUUUGCAAGCCUUUUAUUUUUGUCCUACAUUUGACAAUUAUGCUCAGCUGCAGAGGUUGCAAUCUGUCAGGUUGCAGCUCCCAGCACAAGUACUGGCUAGACCUACUGCAGCAGCAUCACUGGGCAAGGGACUGUACUUAUAUGCAGCUUUUGGGGUUGCUACUGCUAAGUGGGUGGUGUCAAGAACAACCUCAGUGGUGGUCACUACACUUUUGAUAUCUCACAGCAUUGUAGCAUAUAACACUGCUACUUAGUUUUAGAAGCAGUGAAGCCAAGGAGUUCAGUUUGGAACAAAAGUCAUGCCAUAACACAACUGAAAGGCAAUGGAAUUUCCUUUGCAGCUGUGAAGACUGAUUUCCAGGAUAGUAUACGCUGAAGCCUGAACUGAGAAGAACAUGCAGAUAGCUUGCCUAGCUACAAGUCUUGAUUCCCUCCCCUUCUCUAAGUUAAUGAGACCUUGAAAAUUUCUAUUCCACCACAAAGUUCAUACUUCUGAAGCCUAAACAUGACCAUGUUUUCAUUGUUAAUUUGCUGCUAUGUAAAUGUACUUGCUAAUCACAAGCAACCUGUAAUUUAUUUAAUGCAGUUGGAUCACAAAGCUUCCAAUGUUAUCAAUAAUUCAAUAGCUGGAAUUUAAGCUGAUUUUAACUUCCCAGAUCAAUUAUCUUUUCAUACUCAUUACAUAUGAACCAAUUUAUACAUGUUUAUGCUUAUCUUGGUUACUUCAUACUGUAAAAAUGCUCACAGCCCUUAACAAUCCCACUACCAACUUAUGAAGAGCCAAAAGGCUUCAUUCUAGGUCACCUCAGAACAUUCAAAGCCUCCCUCCAGCUGGAAACUGCAUUCCAAAUUACUUCAGCUUUCUAGAAUAAAUCUAGCCAGAUAGAUCUAAGUUUCUGAUGCAGUAAUUCUGUUCAGAAUACAGUACCAUCUGUGGGCCAUAUAGUCUCCACACACUUCUGUACCUGCACUGAAAUCACAGUCAGCUAUGGAUGCUUUAGAACUCCUGUGGCUCCUUUAUGUAACACUUCGACAGCAAAUGCUUUGCUGGGUGCAGAGGCUACAGCUGUAGAUCAAUAUCCCUUUCUGUAACCAGAGGCUUCACAGUGCUUGCCUUGGCUAGACUUCAAGCACUAACAGAAACCAAUGGUCUGAAACAGAAUGUUUAGCAAGUCUAAAAUUAUUUUUGCUGUACAGUAACAUUUUUAGAAUCCUGAAAAUCUCCUUUGGAGUAUACAAAUACUCUCUAUUUUAUUUUAUUUUAUUUUUUAAGACCUGUCAUUCAUAUAAAGAUAGGUCUUUUUAAACAAAGAAGUACCUACAAUAAAAUUCUAAUUUCAGAAAGUUUCUUUCCACAGUCCAGUAUUUGGAAGGGUCUAGUUUCCCUUCAGAGGCAGAGCAAGCACUGGACUACGAAAAAUGAAAAAGAAACAGGGAAACUUCAGCUAUCUGAAAAGAUAUUUCAGAAAAAACUGCCUGCUUUUUCCCAGCACUCACUGACAGUGCUUCAGAUACGUGACACAGCUCAACAGUAGUAUAAGGUUAAUGAACUAAGUAUUCAAGUGCCAAAUUCCCUCCAAUGAGAGGAACACUAAGAGGAAUUCACCCAUCUUAGGAAAAGAGACUUUUCACCCAACUCCCUGCAGCACAGAGCGCCACAAACUUAUUUGGUUAUUACCCACCUACUCUACUGUACAGCCUUGCUAAUGCAAGUUAUUUACUAUCACAUGCAAAACAGUUAUUGCUACUAAAGUUCUAUUUUCUUAUUAAAUCAUCUUAUGGCUUUGUUUGCAUCAGGGAUUCUUCCCCCUACGUACUGUGCUAUUUUGCAUUCCAGUUUCAGAGGUAUUUUUUUCAAUUGAUUCUCCCAAGCACUAAACUACUUUAUUCAAUGGUGCAACUACUUCUGUUCAGAAUUGAACCUAAAUGAGCACAAGUCCCCCAGAACUCUGCUGUAAAUGGCCCAACCACCCAAUUUUCCUGGCAAAGCAUUGGAUGCAGAGAGACAGGGGGGACCUUGUUAUCUACACUAACUCUGCAAGGAUUACUGGUUUUGCAUCAAAGAACAUGCUACUUGAUUAAUUACUUUAGAGAUAUAUCCUAUUAAAAUUACAAAACCGAGCCACCCAUUCCAUCCCCCCUCCUAAUGGCCAUUUACAGGCAGGUCUCAGGAAAAAUAAGAUGCAGUAUCCUCUCUAAACCGACAAGAGAAUUUUGUUCUCGUAAAGAGAGAAGUGUGUGAAGAGCAACACUGGCACCAAAUAAAAGAUUUUUUUUUCCUAGGAAAUCAGAGGAUGCCAUCCACAGAGCACUACACACCUCAGCAAUCACACCAGUCUCUUAUCUGACCAGCCCAAGCUGCCCACUGAGCGCUAAAUCAGUUCAACUUCCCCGGGUCUAAGUUUUCCUUCUGAAAAAAGCAGAGGGAGAAACGUAAGUUAUUGAAAUUGAGAUUAGAGCUGGAAAGCAAUGCUGGGAGUUACCCAAAAUAUGAGAUACUGAAUCCUCAAUAGGUGGGGAAUCUACGAUCCAUAGGCUAAAUAUUGCCUGCUGAACAGAUACAGGCUGCAAUGUUGAUUUUCAACAGCCCUUAACCCUACUACAUUCUCUCUUAUUAAGAUGUGUGUAAACGCAGGAUCCACCAAAGGUGUUAAAAGAUUCAUUAGGACUUCAGAAAAGAAAAAAAAAACCAACAAA